UUGAUUUACCUUCUUAUCAUACAUUUCUGAAAAUACUGCUGUUAUCAUCAUUAUUUUGCAUAUUAAAGUUUGAUACUUUUGGGAGAGAAGACUGAAAAAUUAAAGAUUGAGGAUUUGCAUUUGAGUGUUGUUGUAGCUGGCCUGUGAGCUGCGGGAUACAGUCCCGAAGUCUUCUCCUCACCAUUGACCUCCUCUAGACCUUUGUCCUAUCCCUGGAAAUACAAAAAGAACAUAAAUUACUCUAUCAAAAAUAGAAAAAUAAAUAUGAUCACAUAUUGAGAAUCAAACUGAACUAUAGUAUCAUAUAAACAUAAAUAUCACAUUAUUGAGAAUCGCGGCUAAAAAGUAUAGUAUCAUACGAAACAACAGUUGUUCUGGACAGAUCGUCUCUAUUUUUCUGUUUCUCAUUGUGACGUUACAACUUUUCAUAAUUGUUGAUUUUUCAUUGAUCUGAAUCUUUUCUUUAAUCAAACCAAUUGAUGUCUAUCAUAGGAGGGGGGGGGCUCACCUCUCUUUGUAUAUUAGCUUCCAAAAUGAACACAUUGAUUUGGAUCAAAAUUUGGUUGGGACCUGUCAGGCCUUGAAAAAGACAUGUAUCAAUGCAAAUAGCUAAUAUCCAUACAUGGCCAUAGUGACAAGAACAAAAAUUGUUAAAGGUCACUAGACUCUAUGCAUAAAUAGUCAUCUUUGGUGAAAAUUCUUGUGGAAAUGUCUAUCUCAUGGUGUCAAGUUAGGGCCCCUUGGAAGGAUGCUAUUGUCAUUAUAUGACGAGAAGAAAUUCUAUUUCCCAAAUUUGUCUUCUCUGCAGUUAAAAGGUAGAUUUACAACAGAAAACUACAACCAAACGUUUCUGUAAGUGGAAGUUCCAUCAUUCUUGAUAAAACUUAUGGCCAACUCCAAUAAAUUUGGAGUUCUUCUAAUAGAUGAAGGCUUUAUGCAGCUCAUGCUUUUGCUUUAGGGUUCCUAUAUCUCUAAAUUCUUAGCGGCCGUCUGAGAUAGAUCGAUCUGAGAUGAAAGUUGAACAUUCUCUAGAACAAGAGAAAACUUCAGGCAAUGAUGAUAUAGAUGCAAUUAGAACUGGAACUGUGUGGAGUGCAGUUGCGCAUAUAAUUUCUGCUGUAAUUGGAGCUGGUGUUCUCUCUCUAGCCUGGAGCACAGCACAGUUAGGAUGGAUUGCAGCGCCAAUCGCCUUGUUCUUUUUUGCACUUGUUACGUACAUAUCUGCAUCCCUCAUAUGUGACUGUUACAGGUCACCUGAUCCAAUAACAGGAACGCGAAAUCACUCUUACAUUGAUGCCGUUAGAGUUAAUCUUGGCAAGAAAUGGACGUGGGUGUGUGGUUUGCUUCAGUAUGUGAGCUUCUAUGGGACUGGUAUUGCCUAUAUAAUUACAAGUGCAACAAGUAUGAGAGAAAUUCAGAGAUCAAAUUGUUACCGCAAAGGAGCAAACGCUGAUUGCCAGACUGGGAAAAACAUCUUUAUGCUGAUUUUUGGUAUUAUUCAGAUAGUAACGUCGCAGAUACCAGAUUUUCAUAACAUGACGUGGUUAUCUGUUGUCGCUGCAUUAAUGUCAUUUUGUUACUCUUUCAUUGGGUUGGCACUUGGGUUCUCUAAAGUGAUUGACAACAGGCGUAUCAAAGGAAGCAUUGUGGGAGUACCGGCAAAGAGUGCUGCUCAAAAGAUAUGGUUAGUGUUCCAGGCACUCGGAGACAUUGCUUUUGCCUAUCCUUAUUCGAUCAUUCUCCUGGAGAUACAGGAUACACUAAAAUCGCCUCCACCAGAAAAUCAGACCAUGAAGAAGGCAUCAAUGAGUGCAAUAGUUAUCACCACUUUCUUCUAUCUAUGCUGUAGUGGCUUCGGAUAUGCAGCCUUCGGGAAUGACACGCCAGGGAACCUCUUGACAGGUUUCUACGAGCCGUUUUGGCUUGUUGACUUUGCUAAUGCCUGCAUAGUUCUGCAUCUGGUUGGAGGGUAUCAGGUAUACAGCCAGCCUGUGUUUGCAUUUGUAGAAAAAAAGUUAACUCAGAAGUUCCCAGAGAACAAAUUCCUGAAUAAGUUCUAUGCCAUCAAACUUCCAGUGUUGCCAGCUUUUCAGUUGAACUUCUUUCGGUUAUGUUUUCGGACUUUUUAUGUUAUGUCUACAACAGCAAUAGCAAUGGCAUUUCCUUAUUUCAAUCAGGUAUUAGGAAUCUUGGGAGCCUUGAACUUUUGGCCUAUGACCAUCUAUUUCCCAGUGGAAAUGUACAUUGUGCAAAGGAAAAUUGGAGCUUGGACAAAAAAAUGGCUUCUUCUUGAGGGUUUCAGUAUGAUCUGCUUGCUUGUAUCUGUAGUUGGUUUGAUUGGAUCAAUUGAGGGAAUAAUUAGUGCUAAAUUAGCUAAAAUGUAAAAUUCUCCUCUUUGAUUCUCAAGAAUCUUGCUACAAGUUGCUUGUCUUAGAAAUCAGAAAAGCUUCCUAUUUGAGGUCUUUGCUAGCAAAUACUAAGAUUUUAAAUGACAAUCAGCCAAAAGACUCUACACAUUUUCAGUACUUGUACAAUGCUACACACUUGUUGGAUUUAAGCUGUAUUGAGGGAUUAUUUCUGUCUCAA